GGUCGGGCAAGCGGCGUGUCCCACGUGCCGUUUCCGGUUACACUGGGACCCACGAGUCUAAGCUGCCGCGGGGCCCGGGCUGCGACUGACAGAGGCGGACGUUUUCCAAGCACUGCUCGCCAGGGAGCCCACCCACAGCCACCAUGUCCGGCAGGAACAACAACAAGCUGCCCAGCAACCUGCCGCAGUUACAGAACCUGAUCAAGCGGGACCCGCCGGCCUACGUGGAGGAGUUCCUUCAGCAAUAUAACCACUAUAAAUCCAAUAUGGAGAUUUUCAAGUUACAACCAAAUAAGCCCAGCAAAGAGCUGGCAGAGCUGGUGAUGUUCAUGGCGCAGAUUGGCCAGUGCUACCCGGAGCAUCUCAGUAACUUCCCGCAGGAGCUGAAGGACCUGCUCUCCUACAACCACACUGUCUUAGACCCAGAUCUCCGCAUGACGUUUUGCAAAGCCUUGAUCUUACUGAGAAACAAGAAUCUCAUCAAUCCAUCAAGUUUGCUAGAGCUCUUCUUUGAGCUGCUGCGCUGCCACGACAAGCUCCUGCGGAAGACUCUGUACACACACAUUGUGACUGACAUCAAGAACAUCAACGCCAAACACAAGAACAACAAAGUGAACGUGGUGCUGCAGAACUUCAUGUACACCAUGUUGAGAGACAGCAAUGCAACCGCAGCCAAGAUGUCCUUGGAUGUGAUGAUCGAACUCUACAGAAGGAACAUCUGGAAUGAUGCCAAAACUGUCAAUGUUAUCACAACUGCGUGUUUCUCCAAGAUCACCAAGAUAUUGGUUGCUGCUUUGACGUUCUUCCUUGGGAAAGAUGAGGAAGAGAAGCAGGACAGUGACUCAGAAUCCGAGGAGGAUGGGCCCACAGCGAGAGACCUGCUGGUGCAGUAUGCCACGGGAAAGAAAGGCUCCAAAAACAAGAAGAAGCUGGAAAAGGCGAUGAAAGUGCUGAAGAAGCAAAAGAAGAAGAAGAAACCAGAAGUGUUUAACUUUUCAGCUAUUCACUUGAUUCAUGAUCCCCAAGACUUCGCAGAGAAGCUUCUGAAGCAGCUGGAGAGCUGUAAGGAGCGGUUUGAGGUGAAGAUGAUGCUCAUGAACCUCAUCUCCAGAUUGGUGGGCAUUCACGAGCUUUUCCUCUUCAACUUCUACCCUUUUGUGCAAAGGUUUCUGCAGCCCCACCAGAGAGAAGUCACGAAGAUCCUUCUGUUUGCUGCACAAGCCUCUCAUCACCUGGUGCCCCCAGAGAUUAUUCAGUCGUUGCUUGUGACGGUGGCCAACAAUUUUGUUACUGACAAGAACUCUGGGGAAGUCAUGACCGUAGGGAUCAAUGCUAUAAAAGAGAUCACAGCUCGAUGUCCUCUGGCCAUGACUGAAGAGCUUCUCCAGGACCUGGCUCAGUAUAAGACACACAAAGAUAAGAAUGUGAUGAUGUCUGCCAGGACUUUGAUCCAUCUCUUCCGGACAUUGAACCCUCAGAUGCUGCAGAAGAAGUUCCGGGGUAAACCCACUGAAGCCUCCAUCGAAGCAAGAAUACAAGAAUAUGGAGAAUUAGAUGCUAAAGAUUACAUCCCAGGAGCAGAGGUUCUAGAGCUUGAGAAGGGAGAUAAUACAGAAGAUGAUGAAGAUGGAUGGGAAAGCGCCAGCCUCAGUGAGGAGGAGGAAGAGGAUGGUGAGUGGGUUGACGUGCACCACUCUUCUGAUGAGGAGCAGCAAGCAAUUGCCACGAAGCUGGACAGCAUGCCCAUGGAGGAGCGGAAAGCCAAGGCUGCAGCCAUCAGCACCAGUCGAGUUUUAACGCAGGAUGACUUCCAGAAAAUCCGCAUGGCCCAGAUGAAGAAGGAAAUGGAUGCUGCUCCGGGGAAAGCCCAGAAAAGGAAAUACUUAGAAAUUGACAGUGACGAGGAGUCCAGGGGUGAAUUGCUGUCUCUUCGGGACAUUGAACGCCUUCAUAAAAAGCCCAAGUCUGACAAGGAAACGAGACUAGCAACUGCAAUGGCUGGAAGGACAGACCGAAAGGAGUUUGUGAGGAAGAAAACCAAAAUAAACCCAUUUUCCAGUUCCACAAACAAAGAGAAGAAAAAGCAGAAGAACUUUAUGAUGAUGCGGUAUAGCCAGAAUGUCCGGUCAAAAACAGCACGGUCCUUCCGGGAGAAGCAGCUAGCACUACGAGAUGCACUUCUGAAAAAGAGGAAAAGAAUGAAGUAACUUAUCAGCAAAUUAUCCAUUUCCUGCCCCAUGCUGUGUGUAUCAGCAUGCCAAAAAUUAGUAAACAUUUGUUUACAUUAAAGAGUCAAGGAACACUAUAAUUUGUAAACCACAGUAACAUUUGUAGCAAUUUGGUAUUCUUAAUUGGGAGGUGGGGCUGGUGGGAAUGUGAAAUGUAAAUAGUAGCAAUGUUAAGAAGUGCUGAGUACCUACUGAUUGCUGCUGCCUAUGUAGCUGAAUGAGCCAGAGCCCUUGACUGAGGGCAGAUGUACAUACGGUGUUUAUAGUAAGCUGUACAUAGUUCCCUGGUGGCAGCUAGUCCGUCUUCCUGGGGUCACUGGGCUCCUGGACUAACUGUGCGGGGAUGGGAGUUAUUCAUGCUCUGCAAUCAGGACAGUGUUACAAGAGUAAGAGGUUCUUACUUGUAAAUAGGCUUGCCUGCUCAAACAGGCUCCUGCUGUACAGAUUCAGGUAGACAGUUGAGCUCCACUCUUUUAUUUUUUUAGUAUAAAGAGUUUUUGCUAAGCUCUCAUUUUUUUUAAUUGCCUUAAGUCUAAAUAGUGAUUUUGAAAUGCCUAGCAGGGUGUGGUGGCACACACCCAUAAUCCCAGCACUUGGGAAGUCAAGGCAGGAGGCUCGUGAGUUUAGAACCAACUUGACAUCCUGAGUUAGUUCAGGGCAGCCUGAGCUACGUAAUUGAGAAGCAAAGCUAUCUUUGAGCUAUCGUUGGGUGGCUGGUUCUCUGCUGCCUGUUGCUGUUGGGGUUUGUUUUCCUUUCUUUCCUGUGCGGGAGGCGAGCCCUGGGCCCUCUUGCUCACCCUGAGCAGGUUCUCCCUGGGCUUCACCCCACCCCUGAGUGCCUACUCUUCACAUGGUUUGAUCAGUUCCCGUGCCUUGUUCUCAACCAAAGCUACAGGUGGUUAGUAGUCAGAUGGGUGUGUACCGCGGUGUGUGCUGCUGUUGCCACACGUGAAUGCAUUGCAGGACCCAGUCUGCAUGCAGGCUGCUGGCUUUAGAAGCAGUUUGAUGCCUUUUGCCUCAGACUUCCUAGGUGCUAUUGUCAUGAGAACAGGUUUGAUGUUCACGUUAGAGGAAGGGCAGUCUCUGCCCCUGGGCUGGAGAGCAACUGCUGCUGGUUGCCUUCCUCUCCAUCGAUGGCUCUGUUCAGCUUCUGAGGUCGACUUGGGUUUAUUUGUCCCUUGCUUUCCCCAACGGUGCCCAGGUCACUGUAGGGGACUGCCCGUCAGCCUCACCCAGCACUGCUGUGGAGGAAGUUUCUGGUGCCUAUCUGUGUGUGUGAGACCUGAAGCCGUCCCUUGGCCUUCUUCCUGUGUUCCUCACGGGUGUGUGCUCAGGAACCAGCUCUGAGCAGCCGGAGCUCUGAAAGCAGCUGGAGCUCCCAGCCCCUGGGACUUCAGGCACACAGUACCAAGGCCAGUUCUAGGCUGCUGGGUCAUACCCAGGGAUUGGCAUAGAAAUCCAGAAUGCCAGCAUGCCACAUGCAUGGCAUUAGCAAAGUUCACAGGACGCUCUCGCCUGUUCCCUGCAGCAUCUCUGGUGCUAGCUAAGGGUCUCCUAUGAUGUAGAGGGCACAGCAGCUGUUUGAACAUGAGGAUUAACCCCAGCCUGCCACGGUUUCCAUCUGUAAAUGUUAGACCACCUACCUCUCUUUUAGUAAAUUGUGUUUUGGGAGGGUUUUUGUUGUUGUUGUUUUCCUUAUAGUUGCUAUGUUUAUUUUAACCAUCCAACCCAAUGUUUAGGCAGCUAGUGUAAAGCCCAUAUUGAAUAUCCAUUGUGUAUAAAGCACUGCUAGAUGUUUGUGUCAUGUUGAAACUUAUUCCCAAUGCGUGUGGUAGGCAGGACCGCACUGUAGAAAACAGUUCCUAAGUCCGGUGGCUACUGGAAUAGUUUUUAAAUGUUACAGUUAAUGCAAAUUUUGUUUUUUGAAAAUGUAUAAUGUAUAUAGAGUAUUACAUUGAAAUUUCAGUUUAAAAUGUAUAAUGUUUGUAGAGUAUUACGUUGAAAUUUCAGUUUAAAACGUUUAAUUGUUCUGAGUGUCCUGUUUAAGCUCUUCUAGGUGACAUAUUUUUAAACUCUCUCUAGAUGAUGUUUUCUCCCAAAUAGUACCCUCUCGUUCCUUACAUGGUUUGGAGUGUAUUUCUCGAGAUUUAGGGAGGCUUUACCAGGUAUGGGGACACACACCUGUAACCCCAGCACUUGGGAGAAUGAGGCAGGCAGUGGGGUGCUCUGGGUUGAGACCACAUAGCAAGAGAGCAAAACCCUGUCUGGGGGCUUGGGGGUGGGGUGAGGAUAUGAAAUGGGGGAAGAGUAGAGAGAGCUUGACCAAAAGAAGAAAGCUUGCAGCAGCUGGAACUCUGGGUCAGGUCAGAGCUCCGGGAUUAAGCCUUUCCUGUCGUCUCUGCUUCUCACCCAUGUGAAGAUACAAAGGAAAGCGGAGAGCACAGCAGCUUCAGCCACAGUCAACAGCACAACUCCUCUUCCUAUAAGGCUGUCUGUGUCAUUUUCUCCUGCAGAUUCUGCUUGUGUGUUUUGACCAUCUCAUCUCAGUGUAUAAGUAGCUAAAGUUUGAAAAGGAUUUGUAGCAUAAUUCAGUGUACAUGUAGGUAAUUAUAAAAAAAUCCAGAAAAUGUGCCAAAUAUUAGGGGGUGGGAGUUGGUGCUGGGAUCAUGUGUAAGGUGUAUUUUCUUUCUACUUUCUGAGUCUUUCACGGUGUAUAUGUUUUUACUUAAUGUCAUUGUGUAAGAAACCAAAAAGUAAAAGUGAGGUGAGAAAUAAAGGUCUGUGGCAAAUCG